GAGCCGCCUCGCUGUCUUACUGCCUACACAUGCAGCUGCCUCAGUAGAGAGGAUUCUAAUAAGUCAGUGAUUUAUAAGGCAGGUUAUUCAAACGCACUACUCAGACAGCAGCUGCGUCCGGAAUCGCAUACUUACAGAGUACGUACUAGAUUGGAGGAAGUAUGCACUACUCUGCCGGUAUAGAAGUACAUACUGUCAGUACAGAAGUGUGCAGUAUGCACACAACACCGCUACGUACGACAUCCGCCAUCUUACCGACGUCAAGUGAUGACGUAAUAUCACCAUGGUUACAGACUCAUUACAAACCCCACUCGCCAAAAGUUUUUGUUAUUAAUUCGUCUUUAAAAUUGUUAUUUUAUUUAUCUUACCUACACUUGUGAACAGAGGACUCAGAGGGCCGCUAUCUUUUCUUGUUUCUUAUUCCGCUUCGAACGCCUACGCAGCUCCAGUUGCAUUAUGGGAUACAUUAGCGGACCGCAAGUGUGCACCGCUUGCGUACUCGAACGUGGCUGCCCAAUAAGUAGGUCAUCCGGGUGCUUCUCGCGUACCUCUUUGUGUAUACUACGUAUUCGGACGUACUAACCGCUCUCGCGUCCUCGCUUCGCGUACUAUCGAGUAUGGAAGUGUGCGAUCCCGGGCGCAGCCGGCGGUUCCAUCGGGUUUCGCAUCUAGCAUCUAGCAUCUUGCCAUUAAAACCAAUUAACUGAGGUAGCACAGCACGCUAACAUGUCAAUAUAGCAUCUCCCUUCAUGUACCGAUAACGGGUUACGUUUCCUGACGAGCCCGAACUUGCAAAUAAAAACACUCGGUACGAGUUUAUACAAGUUAAAAAGAUCGUUUCUCCGCCCCGUCAGCCAUGUUUAUCUUUCUGUGAGAGAAGAGCGCCCGACCCGCAACGAAUGCUGGGAUUGCCUCGAUCACUAAGGACGCUUCCGAUGCUCACUCGUUCUUGAGCCGAAAUAACAUUGAAAUGUUAAGAUGCCUCAGUAGUGAGGAUGUUAAGGCAUCUAGGAUUUGGAACAGCCUCCUUCUCGUGAGCGCAGCACAGGACGACGUCAGAUGCGUCUAUGUAGAGAGAGAGCUAGCUAGCUUUUCCGACACACCCUAAAUCAGAAUGUACAGCACUGGGGACCUGGGAAAACCUCUGGUGUCUAAGGGGGGGGGGCUAGAAAACAUUGUGUUUAGUGUGUGACCGUGUUCAUUAUUUCAGUAAGAUGUUUAGAAGUUGUAUUUAUUUAAAAUGUACUUCAUAAAUAGUGAUCAGUACUGGGGACACAAGGCACCGAACUGUAGGAACGACCCUUAUACAGUAAUAUUUACAACUUUAAACGAUGUUAAUCACGCGUCCUCUCGUUUUCAGGGUGGUGGAGUUCAAAGAUGAGGAGUACAUGAAGAAAGCGAUCGAAGUGAUGAACAAGCAUGACCUUAACGGCCGAACCCUGAACAUUAAGGAGGACCCAGACGGCGAGCACGCCCGGCGUGUGCUUCAGCGUGGAGGAGGCGGCGGCGGAUACCCCGGAGGCAGGGGCCAAGACGGCGCCAUGAACCUCCCCCCUUCUAUCCUAAACAAUCCCAACAUCCCUCCCGAAAUCAUCUCCGCCCUGCAGCACGGCCGGCUCGGGUCCACCAUCUUCGUGGCCAACCUGGACUUUAAGGUGGGCUGGAAGAAGCUGAAGGAGGUGUUCGGGAUGGCCGGGGUGGUGAAGAGAGCGGACGUGAAGGAGGAUAAGGACGGGAAGAGUAGAGGAAUGGGAACCGUCACCUUCGAGCAGCCCCUGGAGGCCGUGCAGGCUGUCUCCAUGUUUAACGGUCAGAUGCUGUACGACAGGCAGAUGCACGUCAAAAUCGAUGAGAAGUCUCUUCCACCAGACGACUUCCAUCCGGUGGAGAAAUCCUCUCAGCUGCCCAGGGGUCUGGGUGGUAUCGGGAUGGGCCUGGGUCCCGGCGGGCAGCCCAUCGACGCCACCCGUCUGAGCGGCGGAGGAAUGAGCUCCGUGGCUCCCGGAGCCAUGGAUGGAGGUUUCGGAGGGAUGAGCAGGAUGGGAGACGUAGGCAUGGGCGGUGGAUUUGGGGGUAUGGAUGGGGUCAGUGGAAUGGGCGGAUUCGACAGGCGAGACAUGACGCCCAUGAGCAGGAUGGAAGAUAUGUACAGGUCCAGUAUGGGCAUGAUGGAUCGGGAUUUGGGCAUGAGCCGCUCGUUCGGAGACUCGUUCGGAGGACUCGGAGGGGGCAUGGGAGGAUUCGGAGGAGGCAUGGGGAGCACCGGCAUGGGCACCAUGGGAGCCGGAUUAGGUGGAGGUAUGGGCGGCAUGGGAAUGGACCGCAUGAGAGGGUUCGACCGGAUGGAUAUGAACCGCGGGUUCGGGCAGUUCGGGGGCAGUUCUGGUCACAUGGGCAGUGACCGAGGCUCUGGGUCGAAAGCAGGUUGCCAGAUAUUCGUGAGAAACCUUUCCUACGACCUCACGUGGCAGAAACUGAAAGAAAAAUUCGGCCAAUGUGGUCAGGUGAUGUACGCCGAGAUAAAGAUGGAGAACGGGAAGUCUAAAGGGUGCGGCACCGUGCGCUUCGACUCCCCCGAGAGCGCCGAGAAGGCCUGCAGGCUCAUGAACGGAACCAAGAUCAACGGCCGCGAGGUGGACGUGCGCAUCGACCGAAACGCCUGAGCGGGGCCUCGGCCGGUCACGUGGCCGGUCCCGUCCUUCACGUUCCGGUUCUUCAUUCCCUUCAUGAGCUUUUUUGUUUUGUUUUAAAAACACUUUUCUGGACUCUUUCAGCUCCACGCACACACACACACACACACACGCGCGCGCGCACACACACACACACACACACACACACACACACACACUACAUCCAGCAGGCUCAGCGUGUCGGUAGAUGUGAGUCAAGUUUUUUGUUUCGUUCUUUUGUAAACCCUUUUUAAUUUGUUCAUCUUCAGUUUCUCUUAGAAACAAAAAUAAACUUUUUAAUUUUUA